UGUAAAUCAUUCACUUAAAACAACCACACACACACACACAGAAAAGAGAUUGCUGAAAACGAAAAUGCAAACAAUAAUAGAGCUCUUCACGCUCUAGGGAGGGGUACGUAACUGUACAUAUUCUGUACAAAGAAACGGUCACGCUUCUUCCCUAAAGACGCCGCGAACAGAACAAGAGCAAAAAGUUUAAAUCACACACUUUCUUCACAAUGUCUGACGCAAAACGACUGAAAUUAGACGACGAGGAACGCAAUGCAAAGCUACCAGCGCUGAAGAAAGCCGGAUGGAGCGAAGUGGAAGAAAGAGACGCCAUUUACAAGGAAUUCAUGUUCAAAGAUUUUAACCAAGCUUUCGGUUUUAUGGCACGUGUUGCACUGAAAGCUGAGAAGAUGGAUCAUCACCCGGAAUGGUUUAACGUGUACAACAAGGUCCAAAUAACCCUCAGUACACAUGAAUGCACCGGACUAUCCGACAGAGAUGUUAACCUUGCGACGUUUAUCGAGCAAGCGGCGAAAUCCGUGAAAGAUUCCGAGUGAACACCUCCAUAAAGUCAUUCUUCAAAGUUGAAAACUUGCGAGGACUAGAACGUGUGUUUUAUAAACUUUGUAAUAGAGAAGACAUUAUUUAUCGAUUGGCAAAAUCUUCGGUUGCAAACUGAAAUUAGUUGUUCAUUAGUAAUGUAAAACAUUAGUUAGAUAUCUCGGGAAUUAUUUUUAUUGGGUGCAAGUCAGUGUGAUGUAUUCUGCUGUCUUUACUUAUUGAUGUUUAUUGGGGAAUGGUUCUAUCAAGUGUUACUAUUUUAUCUAAUCAGGAUCACUAGUCGUUUAUUUGUAGUUAAAAUAAACAUUCAAAUCUA